CUGCUCAGCCCAGAGGAGCAGCCACACAGAAAAAAAAGAAGUUAAAAUCAACUUAGAGCUGAGGAGGGAGGGAGAGAGGGGUGAGAAAACGCCCUGGAAACUCGGUUGAUCGAGAAAUAGGAAAAGAGUGACAGAAUCCCUUCAGACUGCAAAGUUGAGACUGGAAGAAGUGCUUUUUCUUGGGCUGGGGAGAAGGGGAGAGGACACGUUUUCAAGGAUGCUCAAGCUGGUGUGAGGCUUCUUGGGCGCAAAGACUGCGCACAGAAGUCAAGAAUCGAAAAACCGAAGCAUCAGACUGAAGCCCUUGGCUUUGCUUGAGCAAUCCGAGGAAAACCAAGGUAGAGUUUCCAUCACACCAGGGCUUGAAUAGAAGAACACAAAACAAGAUGGCUGAAGAGGAGGAAACUAGGGAGGUGCUCUUUCCAGACUGGGAGGGUCCAGACAAAACUGGCUUAACCAUUGAACAGACAAGGGAAGGAGAGAUCUUUGUCAAGGAGGUGAAAGGAGAGUCACCUGCAGCACGGUCUGGAAAAGUAUAUGAAGGUGACCAGAUUGUGGGCGCUACUAUCUACUUUGAUAACAUGAGCUCAGAAGAAACAGCUGAGCUACUGAAGACAUUGAACCGUCACAAGGUUGGACUGAAACUACAAAACAAAGGAGACAAAUCCCCUUGCUGCUCACCCCUGAGCACACCAUGUCGUUCACCAAUGGGCACCCUGACAUGGGAAGGGAAGACCCGAUUUGGAGGUUCCAGUCCAGACAUCAUCCUUAGUGGGGAUGAUGAGGACUAUAAGAGAAUAUACACAAAAAAAAUAAAACCAAGGCUGAAGUCUGAAGAUCUUGCAGAGGGAGUAGAUGUGCGCACAGAGCGGCAUAGCAGCACAAGCAGCGAUGGCAGCACAAUUACCACCAUCACCCGCCGCAUCACUACCUACACUGUGGAUAUGCCAGGUGGCAUAAGUGAGCAACUUGAACUUUCAAGCCCAGAGUUCAAGGGGCUAAGACAUGAAUCUGGGGAUGGCUGUCCUCGUAUCAGAAUCUCACAUGGCAGCCCUUCAGGUAAAGUGGGAACAGAAGAGGGAGUUUUUGAGUCAAGCAAUGUCUCUUACACAGGGCCACAAUUUAGCUCCACAGAGACACACUUGGGCACUGGGGGAGUUCAGACCACAACAAUUACAAGAGAGAUAGAAAGAGAAAGAGGUACAGGUCUUAGAUUUAAAGGGCCUAACUUUGGAAUAACAGGGGGUAAAGGCUUUGAGAUCUCAAGAGGGAGUGGAGAGCAUGGAGAUGGAAGCAUUCAGGUGUCAGAAACAAGCAUGACAAUAAGAGAUAGCACAAACACUGGUAGUAGGCAUGUUACAAAAGGAGAGUUGGGAGGUGCAGAGGCAAUCUCAACUGAUGAGAAUGGAGGGUCAGUUAGUCUGUCUUUACCAGGAAAAAGCAUGCAGAUUAUGACUACAUCAAUGGACAAAACACAAGAGGGAAGUGUUGACACCAGUUUAGGUGAGAGGACAAAGGUGAAGGUAUCUGGAAUUACCAUCAGUCACCCGCAGGCAAAGGAAUCAGGUAGUAUUCAUAUUCCAAAUGUCACACAUGAUGGAGGUUCCAUGGAUAUUGAUACUGAAUUGAGAGGAAGCAGGAUAGGAGGAUCAGUACCAACAUUAGGCUAUGAUACCUCAGGAUAUUCCUCAGGGCCAGGCAAGGUUUCAAUGGCGGGUGUGGAUGUGAACCUUACAGGUUCAAAGUUGAAAAGUGAGGUUGAUGUCAACCUGCCAAGCUCAAAGGGAGGAAUAAAAGCAUCAGGAAUAGACACUGAAACUGAGGACACUGUAAAAAUGUCAAAAAUCAAGAUGCCUGCAUUUGGAAUGAAAGGAAUCAAGAAAGAGGGAACUAGUGUUGAAGUUAAACUCAGUGGUGAGACAGAUAUGUCAGUACCGGUGACACAUGAAGAGGUGCGAAAACCUGAAAUAGAAAUCAAAGGUACACAUAUGCUAAUCAAAGGUCCCAGUGCUAACAUUGAAGGACCAGCUAUCAAAGCUCCUAAGGUUGACAUUAAAAUGCCAGAAGCUGUUGUUGAAAGCACUGAUGUGAAAAUAAAAGGACCCAAGUUCAAUUUGCCAUCCAUAUCAGGAUCAAAGAUGUCAGAUUUGGAAAUAGGUAAAGUCAAAGGAGAUAUGGAUGUAUCAGUUCCACAGAUUAAGGGAGAGAUAAAAGGUCCAGAAGUUGAUGCAAAUAUGUCAGCUCCAAAGAUUCAAGGUGAAAUAAAAGCUCCAAGAGUGGAUAUUGAAGGACCAGAUGUUGACAUUGAGUGUCCUAGUGGUAAUAUCAAAGGAUCAAAAUUUAAAGUGCCAUCAAAAAUCUCCAUGCCAGGUGUGGAUUUAGGUGUCAAAGGUCCAAAACUCAAGGGUGAUAUGGAUAUCUCAGGCCCAAAGAUAGAGGGAGACAUAAAAACACCUGAUGUUGACAUCAAAGGUCCAAAGAUCAAUAUUGAAGGACCAAAGGGUGGAUUUGAAAUGCCUAAAAUCAAAAUGCCAUCAUUUGGCUUGAAGGGUCAAAAAAUGGAAGGUCCAGAUAUUGAUAUAAACCUUCCCAAAGCUAACAUUGAUGUGAAAGCACCUGCUGUUGACAUGGAAGUACCAGAGGUUGAUGUUAAAGAACCUAAUGUGAAACUUAAAGGACCCAAAUUUAACAUGCCAACUGUUUCAGGACCGGAAAUCUCCAUGCCAGGUGUGGAUAUCAAUCUGAAAGGUCCCAAACUCAAAGGUGACAUGGAUGUGUCAGCUUCAAACAUAAAAACACCUGAUGUUGACAUCAAAGGUCCAGAGGUAAAUAUUGAAGGGCCAAAGGGAGGAUUUGAAAUGCCAAAAAUCAAAAUGCCAUCAUUUAACAUUAAAGGUCCAAAAGCAGAAGGUUCAGAUUUAGAUCUUAACCUUCCCAAAACUGGAGCUGAUAUAAAGACCCCUAAAGUCGACAUUAAAGCCCCAGAGAUUGACAUUGAGGGACCUGAUGCAAAAAUCAAAGGACCCAAACUGAAGAUGCCCUCCAUAACUGGACCAAAGAUGCCUGAUUUUGACAUCAAACUAAAAGGUCCCAAGGUUGAAGGAGAUGUGAAUGUUUCAGUUCCAAAAGUUGAAGGAGACAUAAAAGCACCAGAGGUGGAUUUUGAAGGACCAGAUGUUGACAUUGAGGGCAAUAAGGGUGGAUUUAAAAUGCCUAAAUUCAAAAUUCCAUCAUUUGGCAUUAAAGGUCCAAAAGUGGAAGGACCAGAAGUUGAUGUAAACCUUCCCAAAGCAAAAAUUGAUGUGAAAGCACCUGAAGUUGAUGUGAAAGUACCAGAGGUUGACAUCGAAGGACCUGAUGCAAAACUCAAAGGACCCAAAUUCAACAUGCCAACCAUUUCAGGACCGAAACUUUCCAUGCCAGAUGUGGAUUUCAAUCUGAAAGGUCCCAAACUCAAAGGUGAUGUGGAUGUGUCAGCUCCAAGGAUAGAGGGAGACAUAAAAACACCUGAUUUUGACAUCAAAGGGCCAAAGGUUGAAAUUGAAGGGCCAAAGGGUGGGUUUGAAAUGCCAAAAAUCAAAAUGCCAUCAUUUAACAUUAAAGGUCCAAAGGUGGAGGGCCCAGAUGUGGAUCUCAACCUUCCCAAAGCUAACAUUGAUGUCAAAGCACCUGAUGUUGACAUUAAAAGUCCAGAGGUUGACAUUGAAGGACCAAACGCAAAACUCAAAGGACCCAAAUUCAACAUGCCAACCAUUUCAGGACCGAAACUUUCCAUGCCAGAUGUGGAUUUCAAUCUGAAAGGUCCCAAACUCAAAGGUGAUGUGGAUGUGUCAGCUCCAAAGAUUGAGGGAAACAUAAAAACACCUGAUGUUGACAUCAAAGGGCCAAAGGUUGAUAUUGAAGGUCCAAAGGGUGGAUUUGAAAUGCCAAAAAUCAAAAUGCCAUCAUUUAACAUUAAAGGUCCAAAAGUGGGGGCCCCAGAUGUGGAUCUCAACCUUCCCAAAGCUAACAUCGAUGUCAAAGCACCUGACAUUGAUGUUAAAGGGCCAGAGGUUGACAUUGAAGGACCAAAUGCGAAAUUGAAAGGACCCAAAUUCAACAUGCCAACCAUUUCAGGACCGAAACUUUCCAUGCCAGAUGUGGAUUUCAAUCUGAAAGGUCCCAAACUCAAAGGUGAUGUGGAUGUGUCAGCUCCAAAGAUAGAGGGAGACAUAAAAACACCUGAUGUUGACAUCAAAGGGCCAAAGGUUGAAAUUGAAGGGCCAAAGGGUGGAUUUGAAAUGCCAAAGAUCAAAAUGCCAUCAUUUGGCUUGAAAGGAAAACAAGUAGAGGGUCCAGAUAUUGAUGUACACCUCCCCAAAGGUAACAUUGACAUGAAAGCACCUGACGUUGACAUUAAAGCUCCAGAAAUUGACAUUGAGGGCCCUGAUGCAGAAAUCAAAGGACCCAAACUCAAGAUGCCAUCCAUAAAAGGACCAAAGAUGCCUGAUUUUGACAUCAAACUAAAAGGUCCCAAAGUCGAGGGAGAUGUGGAUGUUUCAGUUCCAAAGAUUGAAGGAGACAUAAAAGCUCCAGGGGUCGAUAUUGAAGGAGUGGAUGUGGACAUUGAGGGCCAUAAAGGUGGAUUUAAAAUGCCUAAAUUCAAAAUGCCAUCAUUUGGCUUGAAAGGUCCAAAAGUGGAAGGACCAGAGGUUGAUGUGAACCUUCCCAAAGCUAACAUUGAUGUCAAAACACCUGACGUUGAUGUGAAAGUACCAGAAGUUGACUUUGAAGGACCUGACGCAAAACUCAAAGGACCCAAAUUCAACAUGCCAACCAUUUCAGGACCAAAACUUUCCAUGCCAGAUGUGGAUUUCAAUCUGAAAGGGCCCAAACUCAAAGGUGAUGUGGAUGUGUCAGCUCCAAAGAUAGAGGGAGACAUAAAAACACCUGAUGUUGAUAUCAAAGGUCCAGAAGUCAAUAUUGAAGGUCCAAAGGGUGGAUUUGAAAUGCCAAAGAUCAAAAUGCCAUCAUUUGGCUUGAAAGGAAAACAAGUGGAGGGUCCAGAUAUUGAUGUAAACCUUCCCAAAGGUAACAUUGACGUGAAAGCACCUGACAUUGACAUUAAAGCUCCAGAAAUUGACAUUGAGGGCCCUGAUGCAGAAAUCAAAGGACCCAAACUCAAGAUGCCAUCCAUAAAAGGACCAAAGAUGCCUGAUUUUGACAUCAAACUAAAAGGUCCCAAAGUCGAGGGAGAUGUGGAUGUUUCAGUUCCAAAGAUUGAAGGAGACAUAAAAGCUCCAGGGGUCGAUAUUGAAGGAGUGGAUGUGGACAUUGAGGGCCAUAAAGGUGGAUUUAAAAUGCCUAAAUUCAAAAUGCCAUCAUUUGGCUUGAAAGGUCCAAAAGUAGAAGGACCAGAAGUUGAUGUAAACCUUCCCAAAGGAAAAAUUGAUGUGAAAGCACCUGACGUUGAUGUGAAAGUACCAGAAGUUGACAUCGCAGGACCUGACGCAAAAGUCAAAGGACCCAAAUUCAACAUGCCAACCAUUUCAGGACCGAAACUUUCCAUGCCAGAUGUGGAUUUCAAUCUGAAAGGUCCCAAACUCAAAGGUGAUGUGGAUGUGUCAGCUCCAAGGAUAGAGGGAGACAUAAAAACACCUGAUGUUGACAUCAAAGGGCCAAAGGUUGAUAUUGAAGGGCCAAAGGGUGGAUUUGAAAUGCCAAAGAUCAAAAUGCCAUCAUUUGGCUUGAAAGGAAAACAAGUAGAGGGUCCAGAUAUUGAUUUAAACCUUCCCAAAGGUAACAUUGACGUGAAAGCACCUGACGUUGACAUUAAAGUUCCAGAAAUUGACAUUGAGGGCCCUGAUGCAGAAAUCAAAGGACCCAAACUCAAGAUGCCAUCCAUAAAAGGACCAAAGAUGCCUGAUUUUGACAUCAAACUAAAAGGUCCUAAAGUCGAGGGAGAUGUGGAUGUUUCAGUUCCAAAGAUUGAAGGAGACAUAAAAGCUCCAGGGGUCGAUAUUGAAGGAGUGGAUGUGGACAUUGAGGGCCAUAAAGGUGGAUUUAAAAUGCCUAAAUUCAAAAUGCCAUCAUUUGGCUUGAAAGGUCCAAAAGUGGAAGGACCAGAAGUUGAUGUGAACCUUCCCAAAGCUAACAUUGAUGUCAAAACACCUGACAUUGACAUUAAAGGGCCAGAGGUUGACAUGGAAGGACCAAACGCAAAACUCAAAGGACCCAAAUUCAACAUGCCAACUAUUUCAGGACCGAAACUUUCCAUGCCAGAUGUGGAUUUCAAUCUAAAAGGUCCCAAACUCAAAGGUGAUGUGGAUGUGUCAGCUCCAAAGAUAGAAGGAGACAUAAAAACACCUGAUUUUGACAUCAAAGGGCCAAAGGUUGAUAUUGAAGGGCCAAAGGGUGGGUUUGAAAUGCCAAAAAUCAAAAUGCCAUCAUUUAACAUUAAAGGUCCAAAAGUGGAGGGCCCAGAUAUGGAUCUCAAUCUUCCCAAAGCUGACAUUGAUGUCAAAGCACCUGACGUUGACAUUAAAGGGCCAGAGGUUGACAUUGAAGGACCAAAUGCAAAACUCAAAGGACCCAAAUUUAACAUGCCAACCAUUUCAGGACCGAAACUUUCCAUGCCAGAUGUGGAUUUCAAUCUGAAAGGUCCCAAACUCAAAGGUGAUGUGGAUGUGUCAGCUCCAAAGAUAGAGGGAGACAUAAAAACACCUGAUUUUGACAUCAAAGGGCCAAAGGUUGAUAUUGAAGGGCCAAAGGGUGGAUUUGAAAUGCCUAAAAUCAAAAUGCCAUCAUUUAACAUUAAAGGUCCUAAAGUGGAGGGCCCAGAUGUGGAUCUCAACCUUCCCAAAGCUAACAUUGAUGUCAAAGCACCUGAUGUUGACAUUAAAAGUCCAGAGGUUGACAUUGAAGGACCAAAUGCAAAACUCAAAGGACCCAAAUUCAACAUGCCAACCAUUUCAGGACCGAAACUUUCCAUGCCAGAUGUGGAUUUCAAUCUGAAAGGUCCCAAACUCAAAGGUGAUGUGGAUGUGUCAGCUCCAAAGAUUGAGGGAGACAUACAAACACCAGAUAUUGGCAUCAAAGGGCCAAAAGUUGAUAUUGAAGGUCCAAAGAGUGGGUUUGAAAUACCAAAAAUCAAAAUGCCAUCAUUUAACAUUAAAGGUCCAAAAGUGGAGGGCCCAGAUGUGGAUCUCAACCUUCCCAAAGCUAACAUUGAUGUCAAAGCACCUGACAUUGACAUUAAAGGGCCAGAGGUUGACAUUGAAGGACCAAACGCAAAACUCAAAGGACCCAAAUUCAACAUGCCAACCAUUUCAGGACCGAAACUUUCCAUGCCAGAUGUGGAUUUCAAUCUGAAAGGUCCCAAACUCAAAGGUGAUGUGGAUGUGUCAGCUCCAAAGAUUGAGGGAAACAUAAAAACACCUGAUGUUGACAUCAAAGGGCCAAAGGUUGAUAUUGAAGGUCCAAAGGGUGGAUUUGAAAUGCCAAAAAUCAAAAUGCCAUCAUUUAACAUUAAAGGUCCAAAAGUGGAGGGUCCAGAUGUGGACCUCAACCUUCCCAAAGCUAACAUUGAUGUCAAAGCACCUGACGUUGACAUUAAAGGGCCAGAAGUUGACAUUGAAGGACCAAAUGCAAAACUCAAAGGACCCAAGUUCAACAUGCCAACCAUUUCAGGACCGAAACUUUCCAUGCCAGAUGUGGAUUUCAAUCUGAAAGGUCCCAAACUCAAAGGUGAUGUGGAUGUGUCAGCUCCAAAGAUUGAGGGAGACAUAAAAACACCUGAGGUUGACAUAAAAGGUCCUAAUGUUGAUUUAAAAUCUCCAGGGGGACAUUUUGUUGGGCCAAAAAUGAAGUUACCAAAAAUUUCUGGACCGAAAAUAUCACUGCCAGAUGUUGACAUCAAUCUGAAGGGGCCAAAAGUAAAGGGUGAUAUGGAAGGGGACAUUCAAUUGCCGAAAGUUGAACUUGAGGGACCCAAUGUGACUGCUGAUGUUCCAGACAUUGGCACAAAGAAAUCAAAAUUUAAAAUGCCAAAGUUUGGAUUUAAGGGUCCAAAGGCAAAGGCCCCAGAAACCGAUGUAAAGUUGGGACAAGGAGACAUCAGCAUCAAAGGGAAGACUGGUAGUUCUGAGGGUCUUGAUGUUGAUGUGAGUAUGACUGGCCCAAAAGCUAAAGGAUCCAAAUUCAAGAUGCCAAAAUUUGGUUUCAAAGGACCAAAGGUUGAAAUGCCGGACACUGAUAUUAAUCUUCCCAAAGCUGGGGCUGAAAUCAAAAUUCCAGAUGUUGACAUGGAAGGACCAGAUGUUGACAUUGACAGUCCUAGUGGUAAAAUCAAGGGACCAAAAUUCAAGAUGCCACAUAUCUCAGGACCAAAAAUCUCCAUGCCAGAUGUAGAUUUCAAUCUUAAAGGUCCGAAACUCAAAGGAGAUGUGGAUGUGUCAGUUCCAAAGGUUGAAGGAGACCUAACAGCACCAGAAGUUGACAUCAAGGGUCCUCAGGUUGACAUUGAAGGGCCAAAGGGUGGAUUUGAAAUGCCUAAAAUCAAAAUGCCAUCUUUUGGCAUUAAGAGUCCUAACAUGGAGGGUCCUGAUGUUGCAAUUGAUCUUCCAAAAGCUGAUAUGAAAGUCAAACCUUCUGAAAUUAACAUUAAAGCCCCAGAUGUUGAUGUUGAAGGUCCUGAUGCAAAAUUGAAAGGACCCAAAUUAAAGUUGCCAUCCAUAUCAGCACCCAAGAUGCCAGAAUGGGAUAUCAAUCUGAAAGGACCCAAGCUGAAGGGAGAUGUAAAUGUGACAGGUCCAAAGAUUGAAGGUGAUAUAGAGGCUCCUAAAGUAGACAUUGAAGCACCAGAUAUUGACAUUGCAAGUCCCAGUGGUAAGAUUAAGGGGCCAAAAAUGAAAAUGCCAACCAUUUCAGGGCCUAAAAUUUCCUUACCAGAUGUGGAUUUCAAUCUGAAAGGACCAAAACUGAAAGGCGACGUUGAUGUGUCACGUCCAAAGAUUGGAGGAGACAUAACAGCACCUGAAUUUGACAUCAAAGGUCCAGAGAUGGAUAUUGAAGGCCCUGACGCAAAAAUCAAAGGGCCAAAAUUCAAAGUUCCAAACAUUACAGGACCAAAACUCUCCAUGCCAGAUGUGGAUUUCAAUCUAAAAGGUCCCAAACUCAAAGGUGAUGUGGAUGUGUCAGUUCCAAAGAUUGAAGGAGACCUAACAGCACCAGAUAUUGACAUCAAGGGUCCUCAGGUUGAUAUUGAAGGACCAAAGGGAGGAUUUGAGAUGCCCAAAAUAAAAAUGCCAUCAUUUGGCAUCAAAGGUCCAAAAGUGGAGGGUCCAGAUGUCGAUAUCAACCUUCCAAAAGCUAAUAUCGAUGUCGAGGCACCUGAAUUUAAUGUUAAAGGGCCAAAAGUUGAUCUUGAAGUCCCUGAUGCAAAAGUCAAAGGACCUAAAUUCAAACUGCCAUCAAUAUCAGGACCUACAAUGCCAGACUGGGAUAUUAAUCUGAAAGGGCCCAAGGUAAAGGGAGAUGUGGAUGUGUCAGUUCCGAAGAUCGAAGGAGACAUACAGGCUCCUGAAGUUGACAUUGAAGGACCAGAUGUUAAUAUUGAGGGCCACAAAGGAGGAUUUAAAAUGCCUAAAUUCAAAAUGCCAUCCUUUGGUUUGAAAGGUCCAAAUGUUGAAGGCCCAGACGUCGAUGUCAAUCUUCCAAAAGGUGACAUCGAUAUUAAAGGCCCUGAAUUGGACAUCAAAGGACCAGAUGUUGACAUUGACAGUCCUAGUGGAAAGAUCAAAGGAUCAAAAUUUAAGAUGCCACAUAUCUCAGGACCUAAACUCUCUAUGCCAGAUGUGGAUUUCAAUCUAAAAGGUCCCAAACUCAAAGGUGAUGUGAAUGUGUCAGUUCCAAAGAUUGAAGGAGAACUAACAGCACCAGAUGUUGACAUAAAGGGUCCUCAGGUUGAUAUUGAAGGACCAAAGGGAGGAUUUGAGAUGCCUAAAAUAAAAAUGCCAUCAUUUGGCAUCAAAGGUCCAAAAGUGGAGGGUCCAGAUGUCGAUAUCAACCUUCCAAAAGCUAAUAUCAAUGUUGAGGCACCUGAAUUUGACGUUAAAGGGCCAAAAGUUGAUCUUGAAGGCCCUGAUGCAAAACUCAAAGGACCUAAAUUCAAACUGCCAUCAAUAUCAGGACCCACAAUGCCAGACUGGGAUAUUAAUCUGAAAGGGCCCAAGGUAAAGGGAGAUGUAGAUGUGUCAGUUCCGAAGAUCAAGGGAGACAUACAGGCGCCUGAACUUGACAUUGAGGGACCAGAUGUUGACAUUGAGGGCCACAAAGGAGGAUUUAAAAUGCCUAAAUUUAAAAUGCCAUCCUUUGGUUUGAAAGGUCCAAAUGUUGAAGGCCCAGACGUCGAUGUCAAUCUUCCAAAAGGUGACAUUGAUAUUAAAGGCCCUGAAUUGGACAUUAAAGGACCAGAUGUUGACAUUGACAGUCCUAGUGGAAAGAUCAAAGGACCAAAAUUCAAAAUGCCACAUAUCUCAGGACCGAAGAUCACCAUGCCAGAUGUUGAUUUCAAUCUGAAAGGUCCCAAACUCAAAGGUGAUAUGGAUGUGUCAGUUCCAAAGAUUGAAGGAGAACUAACAGCACCAGAUGUUGACAUCAAGGGUCCUCAGGUUGAUAUUGAAGGACCAAAGGGAGGAUUUGAGAUGCCCAAAAUAAAAAUGCCAUCAUUUGGCAUCAAAGGUCCAAAAGUGGAGGGUCCAGAUGUCGAUAUCAACCUUCCAAAAGCUAAUAUCGAUGUUGAGGCACCUGAAUUUGAUGUUAAAGGGCCAAAAGUUGAUCUUGAAGGCCCUGAUGCAAAACUCAAAGGACCUAAAUUCAAACUGCCAUCAAUAUCAGGACCCACAAUGCCAGACUGGGAUAUUAAUCUGAAAGGGCCCAAGGUAAAGGGAGAUGUGGAUGUGUCAGUUCCAAAGAUUGAGGGAGACCUACAGGCUCCUAAAGUAGAUAUUGAAGGACCAGAUGUUAAUAUCGAGGGCCAUAAAGGAGGAUUUAAAAUGCCUAAAUUCAAAUUGCCAUCCUUUGGCUUGAAAGGUCCAAAUGUUGAAGGCCCAGAUGUUGAUGUCAAUCUUCCAAAAGGUGACAUUGAUAUUAAAGGCCCUGAAUUGGACAUCAAAGGACCAGAUGUUGACAUUGACAGUCCUAGUGGAAAGAUCAAGGGACCAAAGUUCAAGAUGCCACAUAUCUCGGGACCAAAACUCUCUAUGCCGGAUGUGGAUUUCAAUCUGAAAGGUCCCAAACUCAAAGGUGAUAUGGAUGUGUCAGUUCCAAAGAUUGAAGGAGAACUAACAGCACCAGAUGUUGACAUCAAGGGUCCUCAGGUUGAUAUUGAAGGACCAAAGGGAGGAUUUGAGAUGCCCAAAAUAAAAAUGCCAUCAUUUGGCAUCAAAGGUCCAAAAGUGGAGGGUCCAGAUGUCGAUAUCAACCUUCCAAAAGCUAAUAUCGAUGUUGAGGCACCUGAAUUUGAUGUUAAAGGGCCAAAAGUUGAUCUUGAAGUCCCUGAUGCAAAAGUCAAAGGACCUAAAUUCAAACUGCCAUCAAUAUCAGGACCCACAAUGCCAGACUGGGAUAUUAAUCUGAAAGGGCCCAAGGUGAAGGGAGAUGUGGAUGUGUCAGUUCCGAAGAUCGAAGGAGACAUACAGGCUCCUGAACUUGACAUUGAAGGACCAGAUGUCAAUAUUGAGGGCCACAAAGGAGGGUUUAAAAUGCCUAAAUUCAAAAUGCCAUCCUUUGGUUUGAAAGGACCAAAUAUUGAAGGUCCAGACGUCGAUGUCAAUCUUCCAAAAGGUGACGUUGAUAUUAAAGGCCCUGAAUUGGACAUCAAAGGACCAGAUGUUGACAUUGACAGUCCUAGUGGAAAGAUCAAAGGACCAAAAUUCAAGAUGCCACAUAUCUCAGGACCUAAACUCUCCAUGCCAGAUGUGGAUUUCAAUCUGAAAGGUCCCAAACUCAAAGGUGAUGUGGAUGUGUCAGUUCCAAAGAUUGAAGGAGACCUAACAGCACCAGAUAUUGACAUCAAGGGUCCUCAGGUUGAUAUUGAAGGACCAAAGGGAGGAUUUGAGAUGCCCAAAAUAAAAAUGCCAUCAUUUGGCAUCAAAGGUCCAAAAGUGGAGGGUCCAGAUGUCGAUAUCAACCUUCCAAAAGCUAAUAUCGAUGUUGAGGCACCUGAAUUUGAUGUUAAAGGGCCAAAAGUUGAUCUUGAAGUCCCUGAUGCAAAAGUCAAAGGACCUAAAUUCAAACUGCCAUCAAUAUCAGGACCCACAAUGCCAGACUGGGAUAUUAAUCUGAAAGGGCCCAAGGUAAAGGGUGAUGUGGAUGUGUCAGUUCCGAAGAUUGAGGGAGACAUACAGGCUCCUGAACUUGACAUUGAGGGACCAGAUGUUAAUAUCGAGGGCCAUAAAGGAGGAUUUAAAAUGCCUAAAUUCAAAAUGCCAUCCUUUGGCUUGAAAGGUCCAAAUGUUGAAGGCCCAGACGUUGAUGUCAAUCUUCCAAAAGGUGACGUUGAUAUUAAAGGCCCUGAAUUGGACAUCAAAGGACCAGAUGUUGACAUUGACAGUCCUAGUGGAAAGAUCAAAGGACCAAAAUUCAAGAUGCCACAUAUCUCAGGACCUAAACUCUCCAUGCCAGAUGUGGAUUUCAAUCUAAAAGGUCCCAAACUCAAAGGUGAUGUGGAUGUGUCAGUUCCAAAGAUUGAAGGAGACCUAACAGCACCAGAUAUUGACAUCAAGGGUCCUCAGGUUGAUAUUGAAGGACCAAAGGGAGGAUUUGAGAUGCCCAAAAUAAAAAUGCCAUCAUUUGGCAUCAAAGGUCCAAAAGUGGAGGGUCCAGAUGUCGAUAUCAACCUUCCAAAAGCUAAUAUCAAUGUUGAGGCACCUGAAUUUGACGUUAAAGGGCCAAAAGUUGAUCUUGAAGGCCCUGAUGCAAAACUCAAAGGACCUAAAUUCAAACUGCCAUCAAUAUCAGGACCCACAAUGCCAGACUGGGAUAUUAAUCUGAAAGGGCCCAAGGUAAAGGGAGAUGUGGAUGUGUCAGUUCCGAAGAUCGAAGGAGACCUAAAGGCUCCUGAACUUGACAUUGAGGGACCAGAUGUUAAUAUUGAGGGCCACAAAGGAGGAUUCAAAAUGCCUAAAUUUAAAAUGCCAUCCUUUGGCUUGAAAGGUCCAAAUGUUGAAGGCCCAGACGUUGAUGUCAAUCUUCCAAAAGGUGACGUUGAUAUUAAAGGCCCUGAAUUGGACAUCAAAGGACCAGAUGUUGACAUUGACAGUCCUAGUGGAAAGAUCAAGGGACCAAAGUUCAAGAUGCCACAUAUCUCGGGACCAAAACUCUCUAUGCCGGAUGUGGAUUUCAAUCUGAAAGGUCCCAAACUCAAAGGUGAUAUGGAUGUGUCAGUUCCAAAGAUUGAAGGAGAACUAACAGCACCAGAUGUUGACAUCAAGGGUCCUCAGGUUGAUAUUGAAGGACCAAAGGGAGGAUUUGAGAUGCCCAAAAUAAAAAUGCCAUCAUUUGGCAUCAAAGGUCCAAAAGUGGAGGGUCCAGAUGUCGAUAUCAACCUUCCAAAAGCUAAUAUCGAUGUUGAGGCACCUGAAUUUGAUGUUAAAGGGCCAAAAGUUGAUCUUGAAGUCCCUGAUGCAAAAGUCAAAGGACCUAAAUUCAAACUGCCAUCAAUAUCAGGACCCACAAUGCCAGACUGGGAUAUUAAUCUGAAAGGGCCCAAGGUAAAGGGAGAUGUGGAUGUGUCAGUUCCGAAGAUCGAAGGAGACAUACAGGCUCCUGAAAUUGACAUUGAGGGACCAGAUGUUAAUAUCGAGGGCCACAAAGGAGGAUUUAAAAUGCCUAAAUUCAAAAUGCCGUCCUUUGGUUUGAAAGGUCCAAAUGUUGAAGGCCCAGACAUCGAUGUCAAUCUUCCAAAAGGUGACGUUGAUAUUAAAGGCCCUGAAUUGGACAUCAAAGGACCAGAUGUUGACAUUGACAGUCCUAGUGGAAAGAUCAAAGGACCAAAAUUCAAGAUGCCACAUAUCUCAGGACCGAAACUCUCUAUGCCAGAUGUGGAUUUCAAUCUGAAAGGUCCCAAACUCAAAGGUGAUAUGGAUGUGUCAGUUCCAAAGGUUGAAGGAGACCUAACAGCACCAGAUAUUGACAUCAAGGGUCCCCAGGUUGAUAUUGAAGGACCAAAGGGAGGAUUUGAGAUGCCCAAAAUAAAAAUGCCAUCAUUUGGCAUCAAAGGUCCAAAAGUGGAGGGUCCAGAUGUCGAUAUCAACCUUCCAAAAGCUAAUAUUGAUGUUAAGGCACCUGAAUUUGACGUUAAAGGGCCAAAAGUUGAUCUUGAAGGCCCUGAUGCAAAACUCAAAGGACCUAAAUUCAAACUGCCAUCAAUAUCAGGACCCACAAUGCCAGACUGGGAUAUUAAUCUGAAAGGGCCCAAGGUAAAGGGAGAUGUAGAUGUGUCAGUUCCGAAGAUCAAGGGAGACAUACAGGCGCCUGAAGUUGACAUUGAGGGACCAGAUGUUGACAUUGAGGGCCACAAAGGAGGAUUUAAAAUGCCUAAAUUUAAAAUGCCAUCCUUUGGUUUGAAAGGUCCAAAUGUUGAAGGCCCAGACGUUGAUGUCAAUCUUCCAAAAGGUGACAUUGAUAUUAAAGGCCCUGAAUUGGACAUCAAAGGACCAGAUGUUGACAUUGACAGUCCUAGUGGAAAGAUCAAAGGACCAAAAUUCAAGAUGCCACAUAUCUCAGGACCUAAACUCUCCAUGCCAGAUGUGGAUUUCAAUCUGAAAGGUCCCAAACUCAAAGGUGAUAUGGAUGUGUCAGUUCCAAAGAUUGAAGGAGAACUAACAGCACCAGAUGUUGACAUCAAGGGUCCUCAGGUUGAUAUUGAAGGACCAAAGGGAGGAUUUGGGAUGCCCAAAAUAAAAAUGCCAUCAUUUGAUGUCAAAGGUCCAAAAUUGGAGGGUCCAGAUGUCGAUAUCAACCUUCCGAAAGCUAAUAUUGAUGUUAAGGUACCUGAAUUUGACGUUAAAGGGCCAAAAGUUGAUCUUGAAGGCCCUGAUGCAAAACUCAAAGGACCUAAAUUCAAAUUGCCAUCAAUAUCAGGACCCACAAUGCCAGACUGGGAUAUUAAUCUGAAAGGGCCCAAGGUAAAGGGAGAUGUGGAUGUGUCAGUUCCAAAGAUUGAGGGAGACCUACAGGCUCCUAAAGUGGAUAUUGAGGGACCAGAUGUUAAUAUUGAGGGCCACAAAGGAGGAUUUAAAAUGCCUAAAUUCAAAAUGCCAUCCUUUGGCUUGAAAGGUCCAAAUGUUGAAGGCCCAGACGUUGAUGUCAAUCUUCCAAAAGGUGACAUUGAUAUUAAAGGCCCUGAAUUGGACAUCAAAGGACCAGAUGUUGACAUUGACAGUCCUAGUGGAAAGAUCAAAGGAUCAAAAUUCAAGAUGCCACAUAUCUCAGGACCUAAACUCUCCAUGCCAGAUGUGGAUUUCAAUCUGAAAGGUCCCAAAUUCAAAGGUGAUGUGGAUGUGUCAGUUCCAAAGGUUGAAGGAGAACUAACAGCACCAGAUGUUGACAUCAAGGGUCCUCAGGUUGAUAUUGAAGGACCAAAGGGAGGAUUUGAGAUGCCCAAAAUAAAAAUGCCAUCAUUUGGCAUCAAAGGUCCAAAAGUGGAGGGUCCAGAUGUCGAUAUCAACCUUCCAAAAGCUAAUAUCGAUGUUGAGGCACCUGAAUUUGAUGUUAAAGGGCCAAAAGUUGAUCUUGAAGGCCCUGAUGCAAAAGUCAAAGGACCUAAAUUCAAACUGCCAUCAAUAUCAGGACCCACAAUGCCAGACUGGGACAUUAAUCUGAAAGGGCCCAAGGUGAAGGGAGAUGUGGAUGUGUCAGGUCCGAAAAUUGAAGGAGACAUACAGACUCCUGAAUUUGACAUUGAAGGACCAGAUGUUGACAUUGAGGGCCAUAAAGGAGGAUUUAAAAUGCCUAAAUUCAAAAUGCCAUCCUUUGGCUUGAAAGGUCCAAAUGUUGAAGGUCCAGACGUCGAUGUCAAUCUUCCAAAAGGUGACAUUGAUAUUAAAGGCCCUGAAUUGGACAUCAAAGGACCAGAUGUUGAUAUUGACAGUCAUAGUGGCAAGAUCAAGGGACCAAAAUUCAAGAUGCCUCAUAUCUCAGGACCUAAACUCUCUAUGCCAGAUGUGGAUUUCAAUCUGAAAGGUCCCAAACUCAAAGGUGAUAUGGAUGUGUCAGUUCCAAAGAUUGAAGGAGACCUAACAGCACCAGAUAUUGACAUCAAGGGUCCCCAGGUUGAUAUUGAAGGACCAAAGGGAGGAUUUGAGAUGCCCAAAAUAAAAAUGCCAUCAUUUGGCAUCAAAGGUCCAAAAGUGGAGGGUCCAGAUGUCGAUAUCAACCUUCCAAAAGCUAAUAUUGAUGUUAAGGUACCUGAAUUUGACGUUAAAGGGCCAAAAGUUGAUCUUGAAGGCCCUGAUGCAAAACUCAAAGGACCUAAAUUCAAACUGCCAUCAAUAUCAGGACCCACAAUGCCAGACUGGGAUAUUAAUCUGAAAGGGCCCAAGGUAAAGGGAGAUGUGGAUGUGUCAGUUCCAAAGAUUGAGGGAGACCUACAGGCGCCUGAACUUGACAUUGAGGGACCAGAUGUUGACAUUGAGGGCCACAAAGGAGGAUUUAAAAUGCCUAAAUUUAAAAUGCCGUCCUUUGGCUUGAAAGGUCCAAAUGUUGAAGGCCCAGACGUCGAUGUCAAUCUUCCAAAAGGUGACAUUGAUAUUAAAGGCCCUGAAUUUGACAUCAAAGGACCAGAUGUUGACAUUGACAGUCCUAGUGGGAAGAUCAAAGGACCAAAAUUCAAAAUGCCACAUAUCUCAGGACCGAAAAUCUCCAUGCCAGAUGUGGAUUUCAAUCUGAAAGGUCCCAAACUAAAAGGUGAUGUGGAUGUGUCAGUUCCAAAGAUUGAAGGAGAACUAACAGCGCCAGAUUUUGAUAUUAAACGGCCCAAGAUAAAGGGAGAUGUGGAUGUUUCAGUUCCAAAUAUUGAAGGAGACAUAAAACUUCACAAAGCCAAUAUUGAUGUAAACGUACCUGAUGUUGAUCUUAAGAGGCCAGACCUUGAUAUUCAUGGUCCUGAUGCUAAAAUCACAGGGACCAAAUUCAAAAUGCCAUCCAUUUCAGGACCCCACCUUUCCAUGCCAGAUGUAGAUUUCAAUCUUAAAGGUCCAAAACUCAAAUCUGAUGUGGAUGUGUCAGCUCCAAAGAUUGAAGGAGACAUAACAGCACCUGGUGUUGACAUCAAAGGUCCAGAGGUUGAUAUUAAAGGGCCUAAGGGUGGCUUUGACAUACCUAAAAUCAAAAUGCCAUCCUUUGGUUUUAAAGGUCCAAACAUGGAGGGUCCUGAUGUAGACAUAAACCUUCCAAAAUCCAACACUGACUUUGAAGUACCUGAUAUCAACCUGAAAGGUCCCAAAGUGAAAGGAAAGAUUGAUGCAUCAGUGCCCAAAUUGGAAGGUGAUAUCAAUGGUCCAAAUGCUAACAUUACAGUGCCCUCCAUCAGCAUGGAAGGUGCCUCUAUUGAUCUUGAAAGAACAGGUGUUACAUUUCCCAAAUUCAAAGGUCCUAAGUUUGGAAGGAAAUCCCCAGAAGUGGAGGGGCCUGAAUCCAUGGUUAAGACACCCACGUUCAGUGUGGGAGCAAAAGGCUCCAAAACAGACGUUAGUCUUCCUGGUACUGAGGCAAGUCUUGAUGCCCCCGAUAUUGACAUCAAUGUAAAGGGGAAGAAGGGUAAAUUUAAACUUCCUAAAGUAAAAGGAAAGGUCAAGAAACCUGAUGUUGACAUAGAAACACCAGCAGUAGAACUGGAUGUAGACACACCCAAUAUCCAUGUCAAAGAAACAAAGGUAAAGAAGCCUCUCUUUGGUAAGCUUCAUUUUCCUGAUGUGGAAUUUGAUAUCAUGUCACCAAAGGUGAAAGGUGAUGGAUCUUUAUCAUCAUCUGCUAGCUUGAACACUGCAAUUGAGGGUUCUGGUAUUGACAGUCCCAAUGUUAGUUUGGAGGGGCCAGAUGUGAAAUUAAAGACACCUAAUGUUAAAAUGUCAAAUGUGAAUGUGUCUACUCCUGAUGUUGAUACAAAUCUAAACAGACAAGGGGGGGCAACCAUGUCUGCCAGUUUUAAAGGCCAACAAAUGAAUGUGAAAGGUGGUGCUGAGAUGGAUGCAAGUAUUUCAGGGGGCAGUGCAACUACUGGCCUUCAGUACCCAGAGGGUACUGUAACAUUUCCCAAAAUUAAGGUGCCAAAGUUUGGUAUUGCUUUGCCCCAGUUGGAAGGCCAGAAGGGUGGAGGAAAUGUUGAAUCAGAACUUGCGGCUAGUGGUGGCAUAAACAUACAGCCUCAAUCUGUUAGUGGCCAUGUCAGUUCACAAAAUAUUGAGGUUCCCAGUCCAGAAUUGAGGCACAGGGAAGGCAAAGUAAAGGUCAAGAUGCCAAAAUUGUUUGGCAAAUCAAAAGCAAAGGGUAGUAGUGCAGGUGACCUUCGGGGACCAGAGGUAGAAUUGAGUACCAGUGGAAAAGGCAGUAAGGUCUCUAAAGACUUAAGUGUACAUAGUGGGGAACUGAUGGGUGGAAACAUGGAAUUAGAGGGUGAUCCUGGACUUAAUGUUUCACCCAAAGGCAAGUCAGCCUCACUGGAUCUAUUUAAGAAAUCAAGACAUCGAUCUUCUUCUCUGAGUGAUGAGGGGGGGCUUGCAGUUAGUUCCCCUUCAGCUCACUUAGAAUCAGAGGGUGGUGACAUUUCAUUAGACCUAGGAGGAGCCAAGGUGAAAGGAAAGAAAGGCAAGUUGAAGUUUGGCACUUUUGGAGGUUUUGGUUCAAAGUCAAAAGGCUCAUAUGAAGUGACACUUGGUGAGGACAGUGAAGCAGGAGUCGAGGGAAGUGCAGGUGUUUCUCUACCCUCUAAAAAGUCAAGAUUGUCUUCAUCUUCCAGUAGUGACAGUGGGUCAAGAGGUGGUUUCAGGUUCCCAAGAGUUGAACUAACUGUUUCACCAAAAAAAUGAUUAAUUAUGAGGCAAUUUAAACUUUCUCAUGUACACCCAAAUACCCUCUCCCAAUGGGGCAAAUCCUUCAAACUUCAGCUCUUUAAAACCAGAGGGGAAGUACACAAUCAUCUCAUUGUUGUAAACUAAGAGUAUUUUUCAUUAAUUAGACAAGAGUGCAUGAGAUUGUUUAAAGUCCCUUCAAACUGUAAAUAAGAUUAAUUUGUAUUGUAAUAAAUAUUGUUUUUUUGUACAUAGUCCAGAUUUAUUAAACAUAUACCAUCUCACCAAAUUUUCACUAAUAGUUUAUUACAGGGUUUGUCAUUUUGGCAUAUUUCAUUCUAUCAAAUGAAAGUUGUUAAUGAAUGGGUGUGGUAUAUUUGUAUCCAGGGGUCUAUUGCACAGAACAGAUAGUCACAAUAGCUUUUCUGAAGGAAAAUGUUGUUUAUACAUCCAUAAACAAAUAUAAACAGUUAUCAUUUUUUUAUGUAUGAAAUGAUUUUAUUUUCAAGCUUUGAUAUUAUAUAAUCAGUGCAGAAGCAUAUUUACGCAACAUAGAGCUGGCCCUGUAUAACAUAUUCUAAAGAGUGAUGGUGUUGUAUAGACCAUAAUUGCAAAGACAAUCACUGUUUGGAAACUAUCAACUCUCUAAAGUGCUGUCAGUGCCUUCCCAAUCUUUUUUAAAGUGAAUUUAUUCACCUUUAAAUUCUGUGCCAUUUACCAAAAGUAUGCAUUUGCUUCCUUUGUUUUUAAUCAUGUGUUGCUUCCUUUACUGUGCCAUUUUCUGUCUUAUUUGUUUUAUGAUUCUCUGUAUUUUUUUCUUUGUCACUCUCUUUGUACACACACUUCAUGAUUACGUGAAACAUGUCACAAAUAAACAGUCACUUUUUGAUGUCAUUUGUUUGCUAACAAAAUCUGUGUUGCAUGAGAGUUGCAUAGUUUUGAUCAGACAUGACAGAGAUAUAGAGAAUGAUUAUUUGGGUCUUUUCUUUUGUGUGCAUUCUGCCAAAUAAACUAAAUUAAAAAAGUUA